UCUCGGAUCUGCACGAAGGAGCGACUGCAGUUGGCCGACUGCACGUUGCACAUUUUCUGCAAGUUUAUAACAACGUAGUCCGCUGACAACAGACGUUACGGUACGGUCUCUCUUGGAGCGGUUCUCUCUCCGCACUUGCGCGCGUCAAAACUGCAGGACAAUAAAUUGCCAGAAAAGUUUUUCACACCUCCAAAAAUUUCAGUGCAAUUAAUAAUAUUAUCGUGAACCAGUGCUGUUUAUCCGAUCGCUAUCAACUGAACUUGGACAAGAAAAGCAUAUUCAAGUUUCUUUUCAAAUGAAUGCGUUUCAAAGUGUACGCGAAAACUCUAUAUCACUCGAAUUAAUCACCACCAUAGGCCUACAGCACUCAACAAUACUUGGCUGCUAUGAAAAAUGUUAACCGCUGUGUUCCGGAAAUCAUCUGACAAAAAUAGACUAUCAGUUCGCGAAGUUGAGAUUGAGAAUAAUUGUAGGUUAUUUUGUGGCACAUUUUCGAGGAGUGGUGUCGCUUGUUUCACCGUAGAUUGUGAAAGUGUUACUGGAUUUGUAAUAGUGGCUGAAAAAUUGUUAUUGAAAAAUUUGGACUUACUUCGCUCAAGAUUUCUUCUGGCACGUCAACGGACUCGUCUCGCAGGAAAUUUCCAGAAGUUUCGCCAGCUGUCGAGUUGCAUAAAUACGGUGAGGGAUCUAGAUUGAUUCUGUUUGCUGUGCCAACAAAAUGUUAAGCGUGGAAAGGAUCGCCGGGGAGUUGAUGGGGAGAACGAAAUGGCGAGAAUAUCAGGAGACAGCGCUGAGCAGUUUUGGAUCCGAAGACUCGAUACCGAUGGACAGCAAGGCCUGGCAUCAGCCGUCAGCCGCCGCCGACCACAAGACACCCGCCACUAAUCUCUUUCAACACUCGGUUUGCAUCGAUGAACAUCAAUCACCUCCACAGAGCAGUCGUCGCCUCUCAGAUUCAGGAGGUAGCAGCGUGAGCGGCAGCAGCGGAGGCGGCGUUGGAGGCGGCGAGGAGGCAGUCGCCAUGACCACACUGGAGAAUGCAGUUGCCUCUUCAAUGGCAGCCAGUCUGGCGGCCGCUCUGUCAUCGAGUGGCAAGCCGCCCCCUUCCCUCUUUGCCCAGCAAGCGACCAUGCUCUUGCCGCCUCCAUGGUAUCAUCUGGUGUCGUCGCCCCCUGAGGCAGUAUCACCUCAGUCGCCAGUCGCAGUUCCUCUGCCGCCUUCAGCCACCUCCUCCGAACAGCCGCUCGACCUCAGCGCCAAGCCAGCCGCCUCUAAGUCCACGUCGCCGCCACCCUCACCUCUCGAUCUGCCCGCUGGCUUCCAAGGUCUUCUGCCGCCGUCACCCGGCGCCGCCAACCAGUCUCUCAAGGUUCCUUCGCUUAGCAGACAUAUAUUCAAGGCGAAGCCACGACUGAGCGCAGUGGCUGGACGCCGGACAUACACUGAGGACGAGCUGCAAGCGGCACUGCGCGACAUCCAGAGCGGCAAGCUGGGCACGCGACGGGCGGCCGUGCUCUACGGCAUCCCGCGAUCCACGCUGCGCAACAAAGUCUACAAGUUGGCCCUGGAGCGUGAUCGCGACUCACAUCUGCCUCUUGCCUCCAGCCAGGUCGAGCUGGCUGGGCGCGCCGCCAGCUUACAUGACGAAGAUGCUGAUGAGGAUGACGGCGGCGAGGAGUUAUCCGGUGCUGAGGAAGAGCGCGAAGUUGAGAGGGCUCUCAUGAAGCCUCUGGUUACCGUCGAGGACCUCGUUCGCCUCUCAGCCUCAGUCGACUCCCACCCUCCCCCCGACGAGAACUGCCUGAGAGGGCUACUCCAGCAAGGCGGCUUCCCCCUCCUCCUCCCUCCAGAGCCAUGGGCAGGUCUCGACCGCGCCGCCCUUGUUGCUCAGCUGCUCGCGCUUCAAAGGCCACCAGCCGCUUCUCAAGCUGCCACCAUUCCACCCAACGAUGGGUCAGAGCCAGACUUUCUGCCCAAGUUCCUUCAGCCAGUACCUGACUUAUUUCGUCGCAUGAUGAACGUAAAUGAGCUUGAAAAGCAAUCAGCUCCUAAAAAAGAGAGAAACUUCCAGUUGAAUGGCUCUCGGAUAAUGACAUCCGUCGACCCCGGGCCUUCGUCAUCAUCCUCUCGACUCUCCCCAGCUGAUGAUCUAUCCGGAUCUGGCACUCCUUCACCCAAUGUUAUUCUAAAAAUUCCGUCCUACCGACCCACCUCGCGCAAUGGCGCCGAGUCAUCAGCUGUGGGUGGCGGCGGCGGCAGUGCAUCGUCAUCCAUCCUGCACUCUGCGUUCAACAUGAAACUAGCAGCAGGAGAUUCUAGUCAGCACUCGAUCACUUCAUCACCACCCAUCGGCAGCACUCGCAGCAGUGAGUCCUCGUCUCCACCAGUCGCCGCUAGCCUCACCCUCAAAGGUACAGUCACUCUCAACGAUGUUAUUGCAAAGAGCAUCAGUCAGAAGUUCCAACAACCUCCCGAAAUGCAUCACAUUCCACAACAACCUCCUCAACAUACACUGGAUUUCAGAAGAGCUCAAGAACUGUCUUCACACCACCACCAUCAUAUGCACCCUGCUGGUGGCCUCCCAUUCAUUUCCAGGAACCACAACAAUAAUCACCUUGAUGAAAGAAAAAUGAACAUGCAAUCGGCCUCCAAGUGUGUUUCUGGUGUCUCCACAAUGAGCUCCAACACAACAACAACCAGCAAUCCUUCAUCAUCGGCAGCCGGUGGCAAGGGCACAAGGCCAAAACGGGGCAAGUACAGGAACUAUGACCGUGACAGCCUAGUGGAGGCUGUGCGAGCUGUGCAGCGAGGUGAAAUGAGUGUGCAUAGAGCUGGCUCCUACUAUGGUGUUCCCCACUCAACCCUUGAAUACAAGGUGAAAGAGCGGCACUUGAUGAGACCUAGGAAACGUGAGCCAAAGCCAACUCCACAGGAUGAACUAAAGAGAAAAGAUGAGAGUAACAGUGCUCUCAGAAUGUCUCCUGGUAGUGAAAAAUCCAAGCCUCUCCCUCCAAAGCCCCCAAAGACAACUCCUUUCUCCCCCUCAUCACCCUUAUCAACUGGACCAAACGGUCUUAAAAUCUCACCAGUUUUUGACCCAACUCCAUUGGGAUACCCAUCACCUUCUUUCUCAUUCUGGAAUCCUUUUCAUCACAUUCCUGUCGACUACCCCAGAGGACCAAACUUUUCACCCAGUCCUGAACAUUUUUUCGCCUCACAAAUGAUCCAGAGGCUGCAGGAAGAUUCAGCUGCAGCAGCAGCUGUUAAGAAACAACCAGUGACAACAUCAACGGCAUUGGUUCAAAGUCCACCACCAGCUCCUGUUCUUGGUAAAUCGACCAGAGAGAUAGCAGAGAGCCUCUACGAUGGAACGGGAACAAAUGGCAGUUUUCUCGAUGGAAUAAUACGUUCGAGUUUGGAGACUGGCUUGAAAGCGGGGGCGGCGAGUUCUGAACGACCACCUCUUUCGAGUAAAUCGCUACUCGAUCAGUUGUGCAGGAACAGCUCCAGAUUAGCUCCACUUGUUUGUGACCCGGUGAAGAAUGCUGCUACGACAGAACAGCAACGUGUUGAGCAUCAAUUGGACGACAGAAGUGAGGAUCAGGUGGAGAGCAUGUCGCAGACGACAGAUGACAAAGUAGCGGUGAAGGGGUCGACUUCAGUGAACAAUGUUGUGCCAACAAAUGACAAUUCGACUGUUGAGGAGGAUCGAGGAGCAGUUGAUAGUGAAAGUGCCUGUGAUAGAUUACAAGAAACUGUUGAUAGUAGGAAUGUAGUUGAGAGUACUGCUCUAGCCAAAGAAGAUGAACAGAGAUUAGCAGCAGAAGCAGCAGCAGCAACCGAACCGAUGGAGACCGAAGAGGGCGAUCGAUCAGAACGGCAAGAGUCAUAGAUCCAUAGAUUUUAUCAUUCUACUGUAACUUUGACUUUCAGAGAGACUGACUAUACUAGCGAUAGUUGACUAUUAGAGUAAUAGCAAUGCGCCAUAUCAGCCACGAAAAUGGUGGCUGUCACCAAGUAUACAAACACAAUAUUUUCUUAUUGCUAUCUUGACUAACUAUAGAAGCACAUUGACAGCCUUCACUAUAAGGAUUAUGAAAAACGAGUGCCGUUAUUAAUUAAAUUGUCCUGUUCAAUCUAAUCGUUAUCAUAAAGCCUUCUUGGAUUAAUGUUGUCUGAAAGUUAGCUUCAAGCGAAUAAUCUAGGACAUUCAACCAGCCCACCAAUUAUUAUAAUUAUUAUGAUUAGACCGAAAUGAUAAAUAUCAAAAAUUUUCUGUUAAAAUUCAAGACGGAUUCCAGUGUAAAAAUGUGUACAGAUGUGUUGAUAUAUCUUAUCCAGUCUAAUUCUUGUGAUCGUCUAUUAUUUCUUAAGAGCUUAUUUAUCCAGUCUACACAAUUAAUCCAUGACCAAUGUACGAUGUUUUUGUCAAUAAAAGUCCAACACUAUUUUGGUCUUUUAACUAAUUUUGAAGUUUAUUCACUGGUCUAGUAGCCGAAAUAUUAGAGAUAGCUCCUUAUUUAGCUAGCAGUACCGACAGAAGCUUCCCAACUAAACAUUUGAAUCUUCUUGAAUAUUUUUUAUUGAUGAUCAUGCUAAAUGAUUCAAUGAAUGAAUAAACUCAUAGGCUACUCAAUUCUUUACAGGAAUAUUUUUAAACGUAUAAAUUGAGAAGUUUUUUUAGAUUGCUAAUGAAUAGCAAGUAUGUUUCAUGUACUAAUUGGGGCUUUUCAUUUUUAGAUUGAUAAAUAAAUAUAUAAAGUUGUACGAUCCGUUUUAUAGGAUUAGUUUGAUUAAAUAUUCAUUCAAUAGCAAUCCAUUGUUGUUAUUAUUAUAGUGUUGUUUUUUUUGUAUCCUAUUCAUCGAUUUCGAACUUGAAUGUAUAUUUCCAUUAUUACCAGCAAAUUUAGAACGAUCAGAUCUUUCUGGUGGAGAAAAAAUCACUCCAUUUUUUCUUUCCUUUUUUGUAUUUUUCAAUACAUUUUUUAUUGAUUGAUUUCUACCGACCGAAUAACAAACCGUAUUCCUCUCAGUGGUGGUGAUUUUGUUUUUUAGAAUCUCUUCAAACUUUCAACAUUUCUUAUGAAUAACAUCAACACUCCUCAUCCGAUCCAUGCUGACAGUUAGAAGUGAAUUUCUUUUCAUAAUGAAGUAAAUUUUCAAAACAUAAUAACAUUUUUAAUUCUUAUUUACUCCAUUUUUUCAUGAACGAUUCAAGCAUUUUGUUGAGACUGUCAUUAUAGAAUGUAAUAUAUUUCAUGAAUUGAAGAAAUUGCUUCACCCUUGUUUCUAGCAAGAAAAUUGAAAGCCUGAUGAAUUGAUACAUAAUAAUAAUUAUGAAUUUAUUAAUAAAAUGACUAUACAUUUUCAACUCAUACUUUUUCUAACCCUCUCUUAACAUUCCCAAAUGACCAGUGUAUAUUAAAAUUAUGUAACAUUGUUAUUGAUAAUGUAAAAAUUAAAAUUAGUGUGGUCGUUCAUUAAAUGUGAUCUAUUCAAUUAAUUAUGGAUAAAUUAAUGUUGAAUUGAUGUUGAUUGGAUAUAAAAUAUUUUAAACUAAUAUUAAUAUUGAUGUGAAUCUACAUCACGUGUCUUCAUAUUGUAAGUGGAUGUUGAAAGUGACUAAUUAUUAUCAUUAUUAUCAAUACAGCAUGUGUUCAAUAUAGAAAGUAUACAUUUUUUGUCAAAUCAAUUGAAAUUUUAAAAAAGAGGUAAUUCGAGAAUUUAGAAUGGCUAUAGUGAGAAUCAGUGUUUUUGUGCUACUUUGGUAUUUAUAUAUAUAUGUAUGUAUGCAUGUAUACAGUACUAAAAUAUGGAAGAGUUAUGUAAAUGUAAGAGAUAAGCGAAAAUUUCUUCUCAGAGGUUCAGACAUUGAUUACUGAAUACUGAUCAGCCAGGAACAGGAGAUGUAAUUUUGUAAUGUUGGAGUUGGAAUGAAUUAUUUGCUUACCUUGAAUCUAUCUAUGAUAAACUGCUUUGAUGUGAUAUAAUCAAUAUUAACACUUAUUAAUAUAUCGCAAUUUUAAGUACACUACUUGAAGUGUUUGAGACUUAAUUAUGGUUUAGUUUGAAAUGAAUUUAAAAUUUAUUCUUGAGACGUUUUUUACUCCUUGAAAAACAUCCAUAGAAUUUUGACUAUCUGUGAUGAAGCCAAAUUUUGAAUGUAUAUUUUCUCUAUUCGUAUCUCUAAAGUGUAUUAUAGUUGAUAAACUGAAUAUUCAAUAUCGCAAUUAACAAUGAAACUAUGAAAUUAUUACAAUAUCAAGUAUGUAUCAAAUUCUUCUAAUAUAAUUGGAAAUUUUAUUGAUUUUUUUGUUAGUGAUCAAUCAAUCUUAAAAUUGAUAACUGAAGUGCAAUUAGAUAAAAGUGAUUUUAAAAUGUUCUGAUGAUGAAAAAUUGAAUUUAUUAUGUGCUUUGAUCAUUUAAAAUGAUCACUUUCGUAUUUGAUCAAUAUUGAUAAUUGGUCGUCCAACGAUAAAAACGUUGAAAUAUUUUCUGGAAUACAAUCGAUCACGUCGAAAAAAUGCACUGAUAAUCCCCCUUCUAAUGAUAAGAUGAUCUUGUUUAAACAAACUUGAUUCUUUAUUCUAUUAGAAGGCAGAAGAUUCUAGGUUAGACGGCGAAAGCAUUUAUUUAAACGUGUUUAAAAUGAUAAAUUUAUUGAAUAAAUUCUAAAUAAUCUAUUCAUAUAAUUUUCAAUGACAUUCUUGCAAUUGCAUAGAAUGGCUCUGAUGAAUGAUUUUGAUCAAUUCCUAGAGAAGUAUUCGAGCGGGUGAACUAAUUUUAUUAUACAACCAGAUUUUUUUUAUUUGUAGAGAAUUUGUGUCUUUAGACAAAUGAAGAAUGUUUUAGGUAUAUAACAAAGAUCGAUAAAUCAAGUGAAAAAAUUACAGAUUGAGUAAUGGAAUAAUUCCAUGUAUUUUCAAUCCAGAAUGUGUUCAUGAAUCGAAAAAAAAUUGAAUAAUUUAUUCCUUGGUGUUACUGGGUUUGAUUUUAAUCGAACAUGAUUACUUUCAUAAUCUGUCGAUUCGCCUCAAAUCUUCCUUUAUUGUACUCUUCUAUUAAGAAUCUCAUUUUGAACAUAGUCCAAUAAAUUAUACUGGAAAUAUUUUCAGGCAUUGAAGCUGUUGAUAAAUCAUUUAAAUCCAAUGACUUAUCAAUUUGAGUUUAUUGACUGACUGUAUCAAUCUUUACUGAAUAGGGAAGUCUCCAAAUAAUAGUGACACUAUGAUAGCUAUAAUUAACAUUAAUUAAAAGAGGAAUAAUAUUGAUCGACCCUACAAGUGUCACAUUUGUUGUAAUGGAGCCAACGUUCCAAUACCAAUGAAAUUCAAACUAUAAUUUUUAUAAUAUCUCAAUCCAAGCAACCCAACACCUGUUCACAAGUCGAGUUUAAAAUGUGAUGAAACGACUACCGUAGAGGAAAAUCAAGAGUAAAGUUCUUUAUUUAUGCUGUACUUAUGUGAAAUAUUAAUUUCAACGUUCAAAUUUGGACGGUUUUCUUUUUAUGAGAAUGUUUAUAGGUGGAACAAAAUAGCUUGAGAAAGGUAUUCCCUGAUUGAAUAAGAAUGCAGAGAGAUACAAGUAUUGUAGGUCUUCAGAACAAGAGUACGGUACCUACGGUAACUCAACAUUUUUAUUAGUCUUGAUAAUUUCGUGAUGGCAGUGUUUUCAUUACUGUAAUUUGAUUGACAAAUUUCAAAAUGCAGGGGAAUAAUAAUCGUAAUUAUCUGUAUUAUAGCAAGAUACUCAAUGCCUCAAGUUUGAAUCCUUCGACUAUUGAAUUGUAAUUCUCUAAAUAUUCCUAAACAUGAAACACUCUCUGUUGAAUACUCUACUGUUGAACAUUGAAUUUGACAUUACAUUUUCCUUUCACUUCUUUUAAGAAAACUCUUGUUUUGAAUAGGUUUUAUUGUAUGAUAGAACAAAUAAUUUUAAUGUGGGUUUACUUCAAAUAUUCAAAGAAUUGAUGUAGUUUUAAAAACUUUUAUACAUUCCAAAUUAAUAAAUUAGGUAUUGGUUGACUGAAUAUUAUAUAAUUUUCUUUUCCAAUACAUGAUUCCAUUUCAGAGUUACACCAAUUCCAAAAUUUAACUUUUUUGAAUCUCUUUUAAACAAUUUUAACAUCAAUUUGUGAAUCAACAGAGUCAAAUCAACUGCUUUACUUUCAUCAAGAAUCUCAUAAUUUUCAACUCGCUAUUGAAAAUUCUUAUUUCACGAUUCAAUUCACGUUCAAUAUACGAGUACCUGGGUCAUGUUUUUUCACAAUCUUGUUUUUAUUGAAAAAAGCCGAUAACUUUUAUUCAUGAGGAACAAUGAUUAGAAACUAAUACAUUGAAUAAAUUCUGGUGGAUGAUAAUAAUUGAAAAAUAAUUCAGUAAGUGCUCCUUCCGCUAAUUGUUUGUGUAACACCAAAUACUUGAAAUAUCACCAUGAUAAAAUAGUAAUAGCCUAUACCAACAUUUCCAUCGACAUGAAUAUACAAAAGUACGGUAUGCAUGAUUUGAUAGGUAACUUAUUCAAAGUGAAAAUAUAAAUGUUCACGUUUCACUUGCACUAUACACUAUACUGGAAAACCCAUAAUUUGAAACUAAGUACUCUGCAGAAGCAUAUCACUUUGUUGUAUAGAAUUAUACUGACUAUUGAAAGCUUGAAGUUGAACAAGUAUACCAUUAUAAAUGUACGUCUUAUAUUGUAACUUCUAAGUAGACUCAAAUCAAAUAAUCUUGUGUUCAGCCCAAAAAUACCUGAAAGGCUCACAAAUUUAUGUGUAAAUUAAUAUUAUUUUGUUAUCCAUGCAUAUAAACAUAUGAACAUGAUUAUAAUAUAGGUAGCCUACUCUAAGUAAUAUAAAUGCAUAUAUUUUUUUUACAGUGGAUAUUAAAUAAGUAAAUACGUUAUCAUAAUCUUUGUGUAGCUUUCGCUAUAGUCUUAAUGUUUUAGUGUCUCAUUGUUAUCAUUAUCGAUAGUAAUAGUAUCUGUUGAAGUUUCUUAUAAAUAGUUUUUAUGGUCUCAAUGUGUUCGAUUGUUUGUAUAAUGUUUAUUAUUUUGUUUAUUUGAGGAAGGACUGAUGAUCAACAUUCAUAACUUUGUUCUUUAGCAUAAUGUAUAGAUUUUUGUAUAUUUACAUCCUCUUCAUUGAUUAAAGUAGGAAGAAAUGUUAACAAUUUUGAAAGUAGUAGUUAACAAUUUAUCAUUUUCAAAAAGGAUACAUAACAGUUUUGUUAUAAAAUUAGCACAGUUCAUGGUGUUACAGUUAGGUAACUGAAACUGACAGGUUCCAUAAACUCUGAUGGUAAUAAAAUCCAAUUUUCUUUAUUUGUAGAAGUUUUCUAUAUUCAAUCUUCCAUAAAACACGUUUACUUUAUCUUUGAGGUGUUUCAUUCAUUUCUUUAUCAUCUAUAGUUACAGUAUACUAUUCAUUUACUGUCAUUUCAUAGCUGUGCAAUUGCCCUAGUGCUUUUUGAAAUAUUAGAAUAUUGUAAAUACGUUCCAGUUCAAUCAUAACAUGGUACACAAUAGAAUAAAAUACGAUCAAUGUAACAAUACAGGCUUUAGAUGUUCACUAUUGAGUUUAUUGAACUAACAUUAAGUUGAUUAUUGAUUAAAAUAAUUCGGUCGAAAAAUGAAUGAUUGAUUGCUGAAGUGAGUGAUUAAAAUUUGAUCGAUAUUUUUUUUAGCUAGGAAAAAUGAAAACCCUUUUUUUUACUAUGAUUAUUGACAAUUCUCAUUAAUGCAUUCCCCGUGUCUAUGUUCAUUUUUGAACACUCAAGUGUAAAGUUAUUACAAAAAAGAAAUUUUAAGAAAACUAAUAACUAUUUUAGAGCUGAAUGAUUAUGUUCACUGUAUGAUAAAAAAUCAUAUCCAUUCCUGUGUUUUGUCUAUAACAUACUAUAAUUGAUUUUUCAUAUUCCAAUAAUUUAUUGUUUUCAACUUUUCUGAAUAGAUACCUUGAAAUAAUUAUUCAUUUCACAUUAUAAUGAAACUUCUUGCUAUAGAUCUAGUUUUAAUUACGGCCAGUCUUUGAAAAUAUCGCUUUGAAGUUUCUAUUAUAAAAGUCUGAUAUCAUCUAAUAUUUUUGCAUUUGAAUAGGAAAUCUUAUUUAUUCAAUUUACUUAUUCUUCAUCCUUUUUUGUUUCUGUAAUCAACAGUACUUGUAGUGACUGUUGAAAGUUCAAAUUUGAAUGCAUAUUGAAUUGUAAAUAAGGGACCAAUCUGUUAUCCAACCCUGAAUAUAUUUUUCUUUAUUUCAACUUCAGGAGAUUCAUCCAAACUUAUUCAUUCCAUUCCUUAUUCAGGGUUUUCAAUUUUUACUCUUCAUUAUCUUUAUUAUUUCAUACCUGUAACCAUAUUGAGAUAUAUUGAGUAUCAAAAUUGUAUUUCAAAUGCAUAAAAACUUGAAAAAAAGACUUGAAAAAUUCUUAACUAUAUCAAAAUUGAUCAGUAGAACGAUUUUUGGAGUACCUAUUAUCAAUUUUCAAGAACAUACUAUUUCAGUUUGUAGUACAAUUCCUCAUGUGUAUUAUUAUUGUUAUUAUUUAUUUUAUUUCAGUUAUUACCGUACCUUCAUGAGAAGAGGUAUUCAUAAAUAAAAAUGAAGUUGAUCUAAAAAAAUUUUGCGCCUUCUCUUUUAUAACACGUCCUUUUUUUUAAAUAAGAAUUUAAUUAGAUUCACCACUAGAUAUUUGUAAUUCUGUAAAAAAUAUUUUAUAUUGAAUGUUUUCAAUGGAAAAAUUUCUUGUUUUUAUAUAAGAGUAUAAAUUAAAAGUUACAAUAUUAAUAUUGAA